AUGGAGACGAGAAGCAUAGCCACUACGAGCCAUUCGCAGCCAACAAGACCGCACAAGCCUCAUACCUCUCUCUUCACAUUUUUCCAAAUUAUUUACUACUUCACCAUAACCGACUUCGUGACGUUCAUUGUCCCCAAUACCGCAUUUGGCAUCAUGGGUGCUCUUGCAACAAGCUCUCUUGUCGAUGGAGACCCGAAUGCCUCCUUUUCCCACGUUUUGUCCAAUCUGCCAAGAGUCAUACUGUACAACUGGUCCAACACACUCCUCUUCAACAUGUCAAAUCAGCGAGAUUCGGAAUCAAUCGCUGAGGACCGAAUCAACAAACCAUGGCGACCGAUUGCAAGCGGCAAGAUUACCGGCCAGCAGACACAGCGCAUGCUGCUCCUCGCAGUGCCACUCAGCCUAGCUCUCAACCAUUAUCUCAACGUCUGGGAUCAGGGUGUGUGGAUACACCUGAUCACAUGGCUUUACAACGACUUGAGGGGAUCUGAGGAGAUCGUCAUCCGGGAUUUCUUGAUUGCAGCCAGCUAUGCAGCAUUCAACGGUGGAUCUCUCAAGAUCGCAGCAGGCUGCCACCCUUCACACACCAGUUGCGAUAUCAACAUGUCCGGCCACAUGUGGACCGCUUGGACUCUGGAAAGCUGCUGUGCCUACACUGCUUAG